AUUUCCUGAGCAUGCCUAGGGAAUGACAGGCAUCUCCACAGGCAGACAGCAUCACCUUGACCCAGUGUCGUCACUGGCUGCCUAUUAGAACAGCAACAGGACAAUGCAUACCACUGACCGCCGACUGUAAACAUAGGGGAUAUGCGUUCACUUAGCAUGGACUUCUGGGAGGGGCUAAAGAAGGGCGGUCUGCAGUUUUAUUGAAUAGAGCAGUGUGCAUUAGGCUGCCUGCCUGCCUGCCUGCCUGCUGGCUCCCUUGCUGUACUCCGGCUUUAACAAAAUCUGCCCUACCUUUCCAGCUUAGGCCCAAGGAAGACGUUUCAGCCUACAAGGUAUCAUUAAGCAUUUCAAGAUCAUCAAAUCGAAUUCCAUAAGGAUUAGUGAUUAGCCAGCAGUCUCAGAAGUGGACAUCUGAUUGCUUACCUACCCAGCCGUGAUCUGGUCGUCCUCAUCUUGAAACCUCACCAUGGAUGAUUUUGAACGUCGCAGAGAACUUAGGAGGCAAAAGAGAGAGGAGAUGCGGCUGGAAGCAGAGAGAAUCGCCUACCAGAGGAAUGACGAUGAUGAAGAGGAGGCAGCCCGGGAACGGCGCCGCAGAGCCCGCCAGGAAAGGCUGCGGCAGAAGCAAGAGGAAGAAUCUUUGGGACAGGUAGAAGUGAACGCCCAGAACAGCGUGUCCAACGAGGAGGCCAAGUCGAUCACCACAAACACUCAGGUGGAAGGUGAUGAGGAGGCUGCGUUACUAGAGCGCCUGGCUCGGCGAGAGGAAAGACGUCAGAAGCGGCUCCAGGAAGCCCUGGAGAAACAAAAGGAUACUGACCCAACAGAUGCCAGUUCUUCCCUCUCAAGCAGAAGGAUGCAAAAUGAUACAGCAGAAAAUGAAGCUGCCGAGAAGGAAGAACAAAGCCAAGAAAGACACGAGACACAGGAGACAGAGAUAGUCACCAAAUCCUAUCAGAAGAAUGAGUGGAGGGAUGCCGAAGACAGAAAGAAAGAAGAGAAAGAAAGGGAAGACGAGGAGAAGUCCAAGCAAGGAAGCAUUGGAGAAAAUCAGGUAGAGGCGGUGGCAGGAGAGAAAACAUCAGAAACCCACGAGGAAAUGGUGGUAACACCAGGGAGAAAUGGGGAAGUCGGUGCAGAAGAGGCUAAAGCAGAGGAGGAGAGGGGACAAGCUCCAGAUGCAGUUGCUCAUGAUGGAAAGGCGGAACAGGAGGAGAGAGAAAGAGCUGAGGCAGAGAGGGUGAGGUUGGAGGAAGAGGAGAGACUUAAAGCUGAGCAGGAAAGGAAGAAAGCCGAAGAACGAGCAAGAAUCGAAGCCGAGGAAAAAGCAGCUGCACAGGAAAAGGAAAGGAAGGAGGCGGAAGAGAGGGAGAGGAGGGAGGCGGAAGAGAGGGAGAGGAGGGAGGCGGAAGAGAGGGAGAGGAGGGAGGCGGAAGAGAGGCAGAGGAGGGAGGCGGAAGAGAAGAAAGCAGCAGAGGAACAGCAAAGAGCUUUGGCAGAGCAGGAGAAAGCUAAGCUAGAAGAGCAAAAGCUUAAAAAGCAGCUGGAAGAGAGAAAAGCUGAAACGCAAGAGAAGAAGUUGAAGGGGGGGGAAGGGGAAGAGAAAGCAGGAGGGAAAUUGGUUCAUGAAAAAGCACAAGAAGACAAACCUCAGACAGCUGCCCUAAGGAAGCAGGAAGAAGAAAAGAAAGAGAAAGUACAAGCUCAAAAAGAAAAGUCCCAAGAUGGCCAGCCUACCUUCAAGAGGGACGAGGUCAAAGAUGAAAAGGUGAAGAAGGACAAAGAGCCGAAAGAAGUAAAGAGCCUCAUGGAUAAAAAGAAGGGCUUCACAGAGGAGAAGUCACAGAAUGGAGAAUUCGUGACUCACAAACUUAAACAUGCUGAGAACACAUUCAGCCCCAGCCGCUCUGGAGGCAAGGCCAGUGGGGACGCCCAGGAGGCCGAAGCCGGCAAGCGCCUAGAGGAGCUGCGCCGUCGACGCGGGGAGACAGAGAACGAAGAGUUCGAGAAGCUCAAACAGAAGCAGCAGGAGGCAGCCCAGGAGCUGGAGGAGCUGAAGAAGAAGAGAGAGGAGCGGAGGAAAGUCCUGGAGGAGGAAGAGCAGCGGAAGAAGCAGGAAGAGGCAGAUCGAAAAGUCAGGGAGGAGGAAGAGAAACGGAGGCUAAAGGAAGAGAUAGAAAGGCGAAGGGCGGAAGCUGCUGAGAAACGCCAGAAGAUGCCAGAAGAUGGCUUGGCCGAUGAUAAGAAGCCAUUCAAGUGCUUCACCCCUAAAGGGUCGUCUCUCAAGAUUGAAGAGCGAGCAGAAUUUUUGAAUAAGUCUGUGCAGAAAAGCAGUGGUGUCAAAUCAACUCAUCAAGCAGCAGUGGUGUCCAAGAUUGACAGCCGAUUGGAGCAGUAUACCAGUGCGAUUGAGGGGACCAAAACUGCAAAAUCUACAAAACCAGCAGCCUCAGAUCUCCCUGUGCCUGCGGAAGGUGUACGCAAUAUCAAGAGCAUGUGGGAGAAAGGCAAUGUGUUCUCGGCCCCUGCUGCAUCAGGCACACCCAAUAAGGAAACCGCUGGCCUGAAGGUGGGAGUUUCCAGCCGCAUCAACGAGUGGCUAACCAAAACCCCAGAUGGCAACAAGUCGCCUGCUCCCAAGCCUUCUGACCUGAGGCCAGGUGACGUAUCUGGCAAGCGGAACCUCUGGGAGAAGCAAUCUGUGGACAAGGUCACUUCCCCCACUAAGGUUUGAGACAAUUCAAGAAAGAACUCAAACUCAAGACCCUGGACCAGCUCAAUUGCAGAGGGCUAAUUUGCUCUGUUUUCUAUUUAUGUUAAUUUACUAAAUUGGGUUCCUUUUCUUUUGUUUUAUGUUACAAUAUCCCAGUAGAGCCAUGUAUAUUGUCAUUAUAUUUAAUAAUCACAGUGUAGAGAUGUUCAUGGUAAAGUACUGCCUUUGCACAGGAGCCUGUUUCCAAAGAAACCCAUGCUGUGAAAUAGACUUUCCUACUGAGCAUCGUAAUUCUCUCUGAACAGUGACACCAGCCACAUUGAACAUCAAUACAAGGAGAUUCAAGUUUAAGAUUGCUUGACAAAUGUGUGUAGCAUCUAGAAAAACAAACCAUAGUUUAUUUGAAAUUCAGAAGUCAUGUUGUUUCUGCACUUUAGAAUAAAGCAUGGAAGAAAUUAUCUUGGGCAAUUGUAACUUUCUGAAAGUAACCCAUUUCACAUUUUAUAUAUGGCAAUAAUGAUUGUCUUGAAAAGAAAGAUGUACUGUUGAGGUAUUUACUUUAUUUCAUGCUGAUGCAUACCUAAAUUGGAUUAAUAUGGUAGCUUACAGUGGUACUGUUUUUUUAGAUUGGUUGCUUUGUGGAUUUCUUUGGUAGUUUUAGUAGCCUGAACCACAAUCUUACCCAAUGAUGUGCGUAAGUACAUAUACCUAUACAAACACGCUAAAGAUAGGAUGCUUUUUUAUGUAUUAGAUGACCGUAUUAAGUAGUAUGUCCUUGUAACUAGUCAAUAUCACAGCUUUUUAAAAAAAAUUAAAUCACAAUAUUAUAUUAAUGUUUUAUAUUUGCCAACAAAAACAUGGCAGGUAGGUAUGUUUUCAAUGUCCAAUGACCUGUAUAUUGAAAAAAGAGAGAGAGUAGACGUGUCAAAACAAGUUGAAAUCUUCUAUAAGAUAUAGUAUUUAGUUUAUAAUUAAAAGCAAUCUUGAAGUCCAGUGUAAUUUUAUUAAACCUACUAUCUGGAUCAGACUCACAAUCUGCUUCUUCAUAGCAAAGUUUGUAAGAGGUUGGCAGAAAUGAUAUCUAAAGUCCUUACCUUCUCAACAUUGAGGGCAAGCAUUUGAGUAUCAGUGUUACACAGCUUGCUGAAGUCUGGGAAUAAAGAGAUAAAAUGAGCACAAUACAGUAUUUGGAAGUACAAUAAUACUUCCAUUUAUAUAUAUAUACUCUGAAAUUUUUAAUUAAUCUUUUUUACCUUUAUUAGUCAUUGGUACUUGUCAUAAGUUGAUAAUUUGUCAAUCCCAUAAAAUAUAUUUAAGUUUUCCUAGUUAUGUAUUAGUUUACUAGUGAGUCUAUUGACUUACUGCUUUUACAAAACACAGAAUCCAGAUAUUAGGUCUUAUUUUAGGUUAUAAGUUGUUAUUCUUCAAUGUAGAUGUUGGAAAAUUGCACCAAUGUUUUGGCAAAAUAUCCUCUAUGGACAUAUCUCUGUGUUAUAUAAAUUCAUACCUCAGCUGAGUUAACCAGAAUGGUUUUUGCCCCAAUUCCUACCACACCAAGAGAGCUUCCCAAGGAGAUAUCCUUAUCAACAGGAUUCUCCCAGGAGAGCUCAUCAAGGUAGGCUGGCACGAGGAGGUAUCUCCACCUUUCAAAGCCUCUUUUCGUCAUAUAUCAGUUUUUCAAAAAUUGAGUUCUCCAGCCUUUGGCAAGCAUGGGCCACCAAGACUGUACAAAUCGUUCCCUCAUGACAGAGUAGACAUGAAGUCUAUGACAAGUCUAGUCUAGUCUAGUCUAGUCAAAUUAGACUAGAAUUUACAUGAAGCGCCGUAUUUAGCUUUAGCUCCUGCCACUGGAGUGAAAUACAGCCGAGUUUGAAUUACGACGAUGGUGAGGUAACAUUGCCGUGUUGAACUUCUGAACAAUAGCUUUUCCUGAUUGCCAGUAUGUAUUUUUCCAGAAAGUGGAAAGUUGAGAAGAACAUUAUCAACUAUUUUAUUUCCAGUGUUUGGAUGGAAUAAAUUUGUGGGUAAAAAUGUUCUUCAGUUUGGAUUUGAUCUUCUGAAAAACAAAUUCUUUGUUUAUUUGUUCUAUGACAAUUCUCUGUUAUCAUUAAGAAAGUAAAGUUGCAAGCUGACUAGCAUGGCCUGUGAAUCUGCCAUUGAUAAAAACCUAUGAACACUUGGUAUUUUUCACUGAUAAUUGCUACAAUAAAAGUAUAUUGUGAAAAGCAUCCACAAUAAAUGGAAUUCCUCCAAAUA